CAUCUGUCACCAAAAUUGCAAAGCUUGCUUCUGAGCACCGGCUGAAAUGGCCAAACGCGUGCGCGACGCUGCUGACAUUCAGUCUGAGAUUGACGAGGUCACGAAAGAGAAAAAUGGUGUCGAAGCGCAAGUGCACAAGGCAAAAGCCGCAGUCGAGGAAGAUCCUCAAAAAGCGGCCAGGGCGACGCUUCGCGGAAUAGCCAAGAGCCGUUCGACAGGCCCGACUCUGGACGCACACUGGUCUAGCAUAAUGGCACGGCUCCGCACUGUGCGCGAGCUGCCGGUGGGUAGCGGAGUCCUGACCUUCGAGUCAGGCCUCCCGCUGGACCCCACUUACAGCAGCGUCUACAUCCGCGCCUGCUACGGGCCUCUUUUCGAGGAGCUGAUUACGUCCAACUACAAGAACUUGAUCAUUACUGGCACAGGGGGCACGGGCAAGACGUACUUCCUCUACUAUUUGUUGGGCAUGCUGAUGUCGCUGCCGGAGCCGCCGCCGUACAUCCUGUGGGAGCACAUGACGCUGAACGACGAAAUGCUCUGCUACGACCGCGCAUUAGGGCAGGUGCUAUCGGGCACCAGGAGGGAUUUCAAGGACCAGCGGAACCACCCCAAAGCCUGGUACAUCUCGGACGGCAUUGCGCCGAACAUGUCCGCUCAGGCGCGCAUCAUCCUCAUCACUGCGCUUCGUCGCGAAACUUACAAGGAAAUGGAGAAGUCUGGCGCUCGUAUCCUGUAUAUGCCGCUGUGGUCGCUGAACGAGCUGCUGGACUGCCGCGCCAAGGUGUACGGCAGCAGUGUGCCCGAGGGCCUGGCUACGCGCCUGUACGAGCACUUUGGCGGCGUGGCGCGGUACGUGCUGGGCGUGCCGUCGGUGGCCAAGCCGCCAGCGGGUCUGGACUCCCUGCUGCAGCCCCUGAUCAAAGCGCUGGAAGCAAGCAGCCCAGCAGCAGCUCAGGUACAGGCUGGCCUCGGCGGUCUGGAGGUGGGGCCGGAGGCCAGCGACCACUUGCUGCACAUCGUCACCAAGGACAACUUCAAGCUCUCGCACCUGUACUUUGCGAGCCCGUUUGUCGGCGACAAGAUGGUGGCCAGGGCGCUGAUGAAGGACGGGCUCGAAGGGCUGGCCACCAUGAUGGUUCGCACACGAGGGGCCAUGCGUGCGUACUUGUACGAGCAGGUUAUGCACCAACUCAUGCCCCAGGGGGGUACCUUCAGAGUCGUGCCCAUCAGCAGUGAUGAGGCGCUCAGCCGCAGCGGGCCGGAGACGGAUCUGGAGCUGCACAGCUGCACAUCGCGGAUCUUCAAGGAAGAAGAGGAGAUCUGGGCAGGCGGAGACUUCGAGGAGAAUGUUUACUUCAAGCUGGCCAAGGCCAACUUCCCAACGGUGGAUUCGGUGCUGCGCGUGGACAAGACGCUGCACAUGUUCCAGAUGACAGUCGACAGCAGCAAAACUGUGGGCGCGACUGCCCUGACCAGCACAUUCACAAGGCUGGGCGUUGAGAAACUCGAGAACGUGGACCUGCGCCUGUAUUACGUGGUGCCUCCGGACAUCCUCGACGACUUCAAGCUACGCGCAGACGCGUCCUGGCCGCCGGCGGGCAAGCAGCAGCCCCUGGCCGCGCGCACCCGCCUGUUCCUCCUCAAGGGAGACGCUGAGGCGCGCCUGCUGCAGCAGGAGCAGGCCGGAGUCAUCAACCGCCAGAGGCCGGCGGCAACCGUGGCUGCGGCCCGACCUGCAGCCAUGAUGGUGGCGCCAGUGGUCAAACGCGCCGCAGCGCCAAGCAGCGGCCGCAUCCGCCAAAUUGGCGGGUGGCCAACCUGACCUGACCUGACCUGGAGCUGCUGAGGGCGUUCAUCAUAAGGCGGCGACUGAAGCGCUGGGGCGACCUGGUGCCGAGCGGCCGCAGUCUGCGUGUGAGCGUGCUGUGCGUGGGGUGGCCGAACGGCUGCAGGAGAGCAGGAAGAGGAGGAAGAUGAGGACGCCUAGAUCGGGUGCAUUGACACAGCUGCAAGGGAUUGGGGCGUGAGACGAUUAGCUGGGGUUGCGGUGACGGGUGGCGGUGGCGAGCUGGCGGCGCUGGGUACGGAUGCGUCCGACGGGCUGCGGCUGGGGCUGGGGCUGGGGCUAGACAUCAAAACGCCGGCGGGCGAAGGAGAGGGAGCGGGAGGGCUAGACACCACACCGCCGCCGGCGGGUGAAGGUGAGGGAGCCUAUGUGAGGCAACGAGUUGAGGGCGGCCAAUGAUGGGUCUGCAGUCCGAAUACUGAAGAUAUUGCUCAACAGGAGGCGUUGUCAUUGUGCACGUCCGGGGGCUUUUGCAACCGAGGCUGUGACAAGCCAGGAAAUGAACCAUUUGCUCCGGAGCACGGCCUUAGUUGUGCCACCUUUCAUAUGAACGCUUUGGUCCGGAGCGAAGCGCACUGUUUUCCACUGCUGGGCACGCCAUCAGGUGCGGUUCCCUACGAUGUUUCAUGGUACGAUAUGGAACUUGCUGAGAGACCUGAAAUCACGUCAGUACGAGGAGCGUCCUUGCGCUCCACAAGUCAGAGAAGGGGCCUUCUCUGACUUGUGGAGCGCAAGGACGCUCCUCGUACUGACGUGCACGUGGGAUGCAGGCACUCUCAAGGUGAGCAGCUGAUACGGGUGAGCGAUGUCCUCGAUGCUUUUGUGGCACGGGAUGAUUUGAUGACGCAUGGGAACUGUUUCGGGUCACAUCCAUUGAGCAUCAGGGCUUUCGAGUACGGUGUGUGUACGGACAAAAGCGUGGGCGCGCCUUCUGGUGUUGCCAGCUGAUUGUGUUGCCCCGUUAUCGGCGUUUUCACCCGUUUUAGGGGCACGUGCGUGCUCUGGUGCGGUUUCGCGGUUGUGCUUGGCCUCUCGAGAUCCAUCGGGCGUGUGCAGGUGGAGCGCGGCGGGCAAGGGCUUGUCGUCUCUAUUGUGUGUGCAGUAUGCAGGUGGUUGAGGAUGAGAAACAUGUCGUUUAUGGGCAAUAACUUGAAGCUCUUGUCGCUAACGCCAUCAGAUUCGCGUCAGCUUGGACUCUUUUCAAGUGCAGUGCUAGAGCAUGGCCCAGAGUCAGCUCAGAAUGUGCUGAGGCGCCUCCAAGGCAUUUUUAGGUACGGGACAGCUCAUGUGCGCUCUCUUCUUCCUCCCCGUUCCCCAUCCCCAAAACCGCGACGUCUCCGCCGCCAACGUGAUCCGUGUGCUCCUCCUGCUGAAGCUGAUGGGCUUCGAGCGGCCGACCAAGCUGCAGCGGCCGCCAUGGCCGCCGGCGGCGGCGGGGCCGGGCUGAAAGCCUGAACGGCGCUAGCAGGGCGUGGGGCUGAGGGUGCAUGUGUCACUUGGCGGCGAGUGACGGGACUAGUUUGUUAGCUGCGGGUUAGCACGGACUGUGCACCCCACCCAACCGGCCACGUCCGGAUUUGCGGGGAUGCCAAAGGCCCCCAACAUAGGGGCGUGUGCUUAGUAGGCGCCCGCGUCAAGGUGGCUGGGUUGAUAACGACCCGGGAGGGGAGGGCUCAGCCCUUUUCCUGCCUCCCUAAGGCAGCCACCUCCUUGUUAGGUACGUGUAAUAGCAGCCCGUAAGCAUACGGUUGCCCUUAGCAUACGGUUGCCCUUAGCAUACGGUUGCCCUUAGCAUACGGUUGCCCUUAGCAUACGGUUGCCCUUAGCAUACGGUUGCCCUUUGCAUACGGUCCGAAACUAAAGCGU